AUGGCGAGGGAAACAGAUGGAGAUGUAGUGCGUGAAAUGGCCGCGGAAAUUAGGCAAGAGUUGAAGAAACUUCGGAAAGCUAGAGGAGCUCACAGAGCUUAUGUUACAAGAACGAUCGCCAUAGCCAUGGAACGAGUAAAGAAUUUUCGGACAGGAGAUAAAAAAGAGCUUCUGAAAUACAAGGGUGUCCUGACGGAUAAGAAGAUGGUCUUGCAGAAAAUGGAUGAAAAAGUGUUGGAAAUUUUGAGUGACCAGAGUGAUGGGGACGAAUGUAUUCAAGAAGUAGAGGAAUCUGAGGCAAUUGCAAUGGAAAUAUCGGAGGUGCUUUUAGAGAUCAAAGAAAUCUUGGAAAAGGACACCGCCCUACAGCAUGCACCCGUGGAAAACACCUCAUUCUCUGGGAGCAGUUCGACAAGGAAGGCAAGAGCAAAGUUACCCAAACUGGAGCUGCAAACUUUUGACGGAACGCCACAAGAUUGGCCUGAGUUUUGGGAUGCGUUUAGCAGUACAGUGGACGAUGAUGAGGACCUUCCGGACGCGGUGAAGUUUCAAUAUUUGAAGAAGUCAUUGUUGGAGCCAGCGAAGUCGGUAAUUUCGGGAUUCAAAAUGACAGCGUCAAACUACAGAGCCGCGGUGGAGCUGUUACAUCAACGCUUUGCGAAACCGACAGUGAUCAAAAGAGCCCAUAUCAACGAGAUGCUCAAAAUCAACAGCGUGUAUGACGAAAGGCGGGUUGACAGGAUGCGAUCUCUGCACGACAGCGUUGAAACGCACUUUCGCGGGUUGGAAGCUCUGCAUGUCAACGAAGAGACAUAUGCAAGCAUUGUUGUGCCAGUUCUGCUGGAAAAGAUCCCCCAGGCCGUUCGUUUGAACAUGGUGAGAGCAUCCAGCAAAGAUCAUUUGGAGUGGUCUGUGAGAGAUUUUUUGGAAAGUUUGAGCAAGGAAAUUGAAGUUAGGGAAGUACAAGCGCCGAUUUUUGGAACAGGGGGCACGGAACGGAGAGGCUACGCCCCACGGAGAAUGGCGGACAGGAUAAUCGAUGGUACGGCAACGGCAUUGCACACUUGGAGAGCGGACAGCCAGAAACGAUGCGCCUUUUGCCAAGAAAAUCACGAAGAAGAACGUUGUUCUAAAAUUACAAACUUGGACACGCGAACCUCUACAGGUAGCACUAACGUAGCAUCGUGCACCAAUAGUUUAGGCCCUGGUAGUUCUGCAGCAUUGCAAACCGCCCUAGCUGUUGUUAAUGGGAACGAUAAGGUUAAGGUGCGCGUACUUUUUGAUAGUGGGAGUCAGAAGACCUUUGUAACCCCCACUGUAGUGGAGAGAGCCAAGCUACAAGUUGUGAGGAAGGAGAAUUUAGGGAUUAAAGCCUUUGGAAGUGAGACGGCAGAGAGGAAACUGCGAGAUGUUGUAGAGCUGGAUUUGAGGGCUGUGAGAGGUGGUAAAAGAGUGAAAGUAGAAGCGUAUGUUGUCGAGAAGAUUUCAGAAAUAUCUAAUUGCCAUGUUGAGAUUGUUAAAAGUAAAUAUAAACAUUUAGCGGAUAUCGAGUUUUCUGAUGUUUCUGAUGAGAUUAGUUUACAGGUCGACGUGUAA